GCGUAAUUACAAUUACAGUAUUGUGGCAAGACUAGGCAGCUGGUUUCGAGUCUAAUAAUAGAUGGAGUGCGUGAAUAUUAUCGCAUCAACUUCCGGAGGCUGUACUCAAGGCGAACAGUGCAAUGCUUAAUACUCCAGUGCUUGUUCACUGCGUCACUGCGUACUUGUACCUGCAUACGAAUUCCAUAGUCAAUAUUAAUAGGAAAUACAAAUCGAGGUUCACCACCGCGGCGAACCACGGCAUCGGGCCAAAUACAGUAAGCACGUUCCACAGAACGGUGAUGAAAAUCGAAAUACCAACACCAAGCCUUCAUUGGCCAAUACAAGCGGCAGCUUGGCCGAAGAAAGCAACCAUGGACACUCGGCAAUUUAUAUUCUAUCCGGUCAAGUUUAGCGUGCGGCGGGCUCCGUGGUUCCCGGGGACCAAGCCAGAUAUCUCCCUGCGAUCCGACGCUUGGACGCUGUUCCUUCUCGCCUAUAUGUUCCCUUUGGGUUUAGUGUGGGCGAUAUUUCCUGUGUUUGACAUGGUUUUUUGUGUUUAUCGAAACGGUCCAAGCGCAUUCUCUGAAUGGGGAUUAGCGUGGCCUCUAUUAUUAUUAUGAGUCGGCUGUCAGACAAGGUUUCGUCACGUGCGUUUCAAAUGCCUGUCGCUGUCGCAUGAUGUGGUUGGUUGGUUGUGUGAAGGCACGGGGGAUGGCUGCAGGCUUGGAUCAUGUUUCUGGGGUUGUCCGAGAUGAAUACGUACUUGUAUGUGUAUGUACGAAGCACGUACACAACUCGAUCCAUGUAUCAAUUUGGGUUUAUUAUGGUUAAUGCUCCGGCGUUCGUCUGAAUAGUACUCCGGACUCUGUACUCCGACGUAGUGAUCAAUAACUCCUUGACAAGGCGCCGGAAUUAUGUAAAUAACAAAAACAC